AUUAAGACUGCCAAUAAUUUAAAUCUUUCGAUUUCUUGUUUCCAUUUCUAUUCAAAUUAUAAGAAGAAAAUAUCAACGAGAAGAUUAAUUUUUUUUGAAACAAACGAUUGAUUAUGAUUAUGUCAAUUAUCAAAUAGUAUAUAAAGUCGCGGCUUUUUGAAUAUUUCAUACAGUCAAACUACAAACAAAAAUCGACUAAAUUUUUCCUUGGAAUUAUACUAAUAGCAAAAAAAUUUCAGUUAACUCUUUUAAUUUUUGGAAAUCUUCAAAAAUGGAUUUCUAUUUCGUUGGAAAAUUAUUUAUUCUUUUGGUUGCUUUCGCAGAUUUUUCGAAUGCGGAUAACGAAUACGAUAUUUUAUUAUUCAUUCAACAAUGGCCAAUAACAGCAUGUUUGCAACAUGAGAAGAAUUUAAAAGAAUGUUAUUUUUGUAAUAAUGCUUUUUGGAAUAUACAUGGAAUUUGGCCAACGAAAAAUUAUCCCGGCAAGAGUCCUGAAAAUUGCGAUUUAUAUCAUCCGUUUAACGAGAGACAUUUAUUGAGUAUAAAAAAAGAACUUUCAUGUAAAUGGUACAAUGUUUUUGAUAAAAAAAUCGAAAAUUUUUGGAGUUGGGAAUGGCAAAAACACGGAACAUGUGCAAUGGAUUUGCCAGCAAUGAAUUCGCAAUAUAAAUAUUUUCAACAAGGAUUACUGUGGAGUAAACAUUACGUAAUUGGAAAUAUUCUCAUGAGUAAAAAUAUAAUAAAGGGAAAAAGUUAUUCUUAUAAAGCAAUUCAAGCAGCUCUUACAAGUGGUUUGAAAGUUACACCUCAAGUCAUGUGUCAUAAAGAUAAGUCCGGUAAGAAACAAUUUUUACACGAGGUCAGAAUUUGUAUAGACAAGAAAUUGCAAUUAAUCGAUUGCCAUGGACACGUGUCGGAGACAAAUUGUAAUCUAGCAAUAGAUAUUGAAUAUCCCAGUGUUUAAAACAGAUAUGAGGAGUUAAUAUUUAUUUAUUUAUUUUAUUCCAUGUAUACCUAGAAGGUAAUGAGGAUUCAAUAUUAAUCAGUAUUUAUAUUGUUACAAAAUUAAAAACAUAAUUUCAAAAUUAAUAAUAAUAAUAAUUGUAAAAUUAACAAUUACAAUUGUACAACAAAUAAAAUUAUGUAAUAGA